AUGGAUUAUAUUGCUGCUAUUGACGUAGGCACAACUAAUUUGAAAUGCCAAAUUUUUUCACCUGAUUUUCGUGUUGUGGGUUCUUGUAUUCAAAAAGUUAAUAUAUUAAAACCUUUUCAAGGCUGGGAAGAAAUUAAUCCAAUUGAAAUACAAAAUGGUGUAAAACAAGUCUUACAAAAUGCAUUAAAAGAUGCUGAUCUCAAGUCCAAUAAUAUAAAAAGCAUAGGUUUGUCUACACAACGGAACACAUUCAUAACUUGGAAUAAAAAAACUGGUGAACAUUAUCAUAACUUUAUUACGUGGGGAGAUUUACGUUCAAAUAUAAUAGUUAAAGAGUUAAACAAAUCAAUAACCUUCAAAAUAGUGAAAUAUAUUUCAAAAAUAUUAUAUUUAAUAUUUGCAACAAAACAACUGAAAGUUGUUAAAUCAUUUACAUUUUCAAACAUACAAAUUUUGCCUAAACUUUUAUGGUUAUUACAAAAUAAUCGAAAAUUCAGACAAGACAUGAAAAAUAACGAAGUGCAAUUUGGCACAUUAGACACUUGGUUAUUAUAUCAGGCCAGCAAUGGUAAACUACACGUGACUGACGUAUCGUGUGCUAGUGCAACUGGAUUGUUCAACUUGUUCACCAUGUCUUGGAUGCCUAAUCUUAUGUUUCAAUAUUUCGGGAUCACAAAUACUAUACUUCCAAGUAUUUGUGAUUCAAACGUAUUAAAGUACCUAAUAGACAACAAUAUAACUUGCAAAAUCUCCAACAUUACCAUUGCAUGCUCACUUGCUGACCAAUCAGCGUCACUGUACGGAACAGGUUCUUUCUCAAAGUACACAGCAAAAGUUACAAUGGGAACAGGAAUGUUUCUAGAUAUAAAUUGUGGUUCAUUACCGGAAGUAUGUUUAGGAUAUUUUCCAUUGGUGGGUUGGACAUUUAAUGAAGAUAUUUGUUUUUCAUUGGAGGCAGUUGAUUACAACUGUGGAUCAUUAAUUCAACUUGCAAAGUCCAUUGGUGGAUUCAAUAAUCCAAAAGAAUUAAAUAUGUUGAAGCAAGGAAAUGAAUUUUCAACCAACAGUUUAUUAUUUGUAUUACCUGAAUGUGAGCCAUCCAAAUCAAUAAGAAAAGAUUUCAGUUUUAUAGGUGUUACAACGUGUACUACAAAAUCUGAUAUGGCAGUAUCUAUUUUGGAGUCUUUUGCAUUUAGAAUUAAAAAAAUACUAGAUAAUUAUCACAAUGAAAUGCCACAAAUGGUAUUAAAUACUUUAUGGGUUGAUGGUGGUGUAUCUCGGAAUGAUUACAUCUGUCAAACAAUUGCCAAUGUCACAUCAACUACAGUUGUAAGAAUGAAAAACAGUAACAGAACCGAAGUAUCUUGUUUGGGUGCAGCUUUUAUGGCUGGACUGUCUUCAGGUGUAUGGACAAAUAAAAGAGAGUUGAUGAAUUUCAGAAACAGAACUGAUCAAAAAUUUGUUCCAAAUAAUAAUGAUUAUUUUGCAAAUGAAUAUAAAUAUAUAAGAUGGUUGUAUAACCAAAAGUGUUUGUAUUAA